UCCUGACUUGUAGUACAGGUUCUCGGACAGUGGGUGGCGGUACACACACUUUUCGUCCGUUUGCGAUCAACACAGCGAAGAAGAAGCUAAUGACAACAUGCUAAAACAUCAUGGCUAACACUUGAAGUUAUCUUCACGCGUGCCAGCGGUUAAGCCUUUUCACGCCAUGUUGUUACGCCUAAUAUGGAUGGAGUGAACAUCGUCGUUCUUGCUGUUGGAAGAUGUCUGGACGCCUGCUGCCUGCUGCUCGACCUGGUCAUCAGGACGUUCAGCUGGCUGUUUCGCGUCCUGUCUGGCAUGUGUGCGUCCCUCCACAACACGCUGGUCGUGCUGAGCGGAUCCACUCUGGUCGAAUACUGGAACUUUGCUCUUUUCUCGUUCCUCACAGCCAGCGAGGCUGUCUCCAGUGCAGCCUGUGGAGCUGUGCACAUUGUUGAGGGCUGGCUGCAGAUGCUGGGAGGAGUGUUUGAGAGUUUCAAAAUGGUUGGGCACCUCUCCUGUCAUGUUGCGUGGCGCAUCAAGGAUGUGCUGCACCGCGGGCUGAUUUCAGGGAGCUGCUUCCUUCGUCAGACGUGCGAAGGCCUCUGCAUCGCGCUCAGCCUCGUCCUCUACUUUGUCAACACUGUGGUCAACAUCGUUCUCAUCAGCAUGCAGAACUGUCUGUCUGUGCUGGCGGGUGUCUGGGAGGUGGUGGCGGACCCCGUGCACAAAGUGGUGGAGCUGGCACUGACUCUGCUCACCUUCCUCUACAGCUGUCUAGUCGGUGCCUCUGUGCUGCUGUGGACGCCCUGCCAGCUGCUUCUGGAUUUCCUGGGAGGACUGGGACGUGUCUUCUUCACGGUUUUCAUGGUGGACUCACACGGCCUGCUCAUCACAGCAGUUAUCAUCUCGGUGGCUGUGCUGUUACUGAACCCCAGGCUUCCUGUCCUCGCCAGACAGCUGAGUCUUUAUUUGGUGAACAUGCUGCCAAGAGCUCGUGGUGUGCAGAGGAUCCAGGAACAAGCUCCAGCCAAUCAGGAGGUCAACACCAGGACAGCACAGGAAGUGGGCACAACAAGGUUGCCGCACACUGAUGCUUUAAUCACUGAGAUCAACCCGCAGUCAGCGAAUGAGCCGAGCCCACCGGACUCUCAGCAGGACCGCAAGUCAGCGAGCUGCAGCAGGACGAGAAUGUCCCGAUCGAACUCCACCCUGACAGAGGGCGGCGGCCCCCCCACUGAUGGAGAGCUACUCCGCCUGCUGAAGGAGCAGGAGGAGAGGAAGAAGUGUGUCAUUUGUCAGGACUUGAGCAAGACGGUGCUCCUGCUGCCCUGCCGUCACCUCUGUCUCUGCCGGCACUGCGCCGACAUCCUGACCCAGCGCCGACACGCCCAGCAGCGCUGUUGUCCGCUCUGCAGGCAGCCGAUCACACAGACCAUGGAUGUCUUCCUCUGACGGGUGAUGGAUCAGAGAACUACUAACUACAGCACAAGACAAACAAAGGAGCUAUAGUCACUUUUUUUUGUAAAUUCUGGGUGUGAGGUUAAAGGAACAGGUCAUUAUCUCCUCAAAAUCCACAAAACAUCCACAACAUCCACAAAACAUUUCUGUAGCUUCACAGUAAAACAUUCUCCAAAACAACUGAAGUAGCUGGGAAGUUGUUUUAAAGUGUUAAAAACAACCAUAAAAACAUAAAGUGGCUCCAUACAGCUCGUCCAGUGAUACCAAAGUGUCCAUGAGUCCCAAGAUCCCAAAUUGAUUUGUUAUUUAUGUCCUUUUUAAGCCAAAAUCUUCACUGAUGUUGUUAAGCUACAAGUAGUGUGUACAUGAGCUCACCGGCGUGUUGAGGGUGUUAACAACAUCUCUUCAGAUCAGUCUGGGAUCUCGGGGGUUCUGGAGUUUUGGAUCACAACAAACGAUCUGUAUGGGUUGGGUUGUUUUUUUCAUGCUUUAAAGUUGCUUCAGUUUGGGAGAGUGCUGCAGCGCUAUUUUACUGUCAACCUCCAGAAAUGUUGUUUGCAGACUUCAAAUCUUCACCUGGCUUUCCAUCAGCAUGGGCGUGAGGAAAUAAUGAAUGAAUGUUCAUUUUUAAGUGAACUGUUCUUUUAAAAGCUUUUGAGCCGAUUUGUGUCUGUAGAAUCGAGUGCCAAUUACUGGUAUGUUUAUUUAUUUGUUUAUGUUCAUUUAGUCUUUGGCCUAAUGUUUUCUAAUCCAAGGCGGGAAACUUCUGUAAUUUAACAGUAUUUUUGCAUCCUGCUUUUAACACUUGAAAUGAUAUUAAAAAAAAAUAAAUUAAAAAAAAACAUUCAUCUUAUUUAAGUUUGCCAUCGACUUUAAAAUGCCAAAACAAGGAGAAACUCUUAAAUGAAGUGUGGAUGCUCAUUUCAUAACAGCUGAAGUGAUUGGCUGCUGAUUAUUAACACUGGAUCAAUACAGCUGAGGAUUUGUGCCAAAUACUUUGCGACUGCUACGAUUGUUUCUGUAAUUUUAUCUAAGUUAUUUAUAUUCUGAAUAUUUAUUUAUUAAAAGUUGUCAGAAAUGUGUAAAGAUGAAUAUCAGCUCUGGAUGUUGGACUUUGUUUUCUUGGUAAAAGAACCCAGUAAAAAGCUGGAGUUUAAACUUCAUUCCUUUUAUUUAUUCAUUACUUUGUUCUCAUUCCCACACAUGUAGAAAUGUCCUUCACUUGAGCUUUCAAACUUCAGCUUUUCUAUUCCAGUAUUUUAAGAAGAAAUGUCUGACUGAAGCGAUUUCUUGUGAAGAAGGUGAACAAUUUAUAAUCUACCCAAGUUAUGGGAAGUCAUGUCUUCAUAUUUAUUACGUAACCAUCAAUAAACACACUGGCUGAUUUGAAACUGAAAUAUUUCUUAAUCUCCUUUUAUUCAGCCUGUGUGGUGUUAUUUUGUUUUUAUUGUACGUACAGGAAACAUUUUUGGAAUGUUUGUUUUUGCACUUGUGUUUCUUUUUUUUCUUUUUAUACUCCUGACUGACCUUAAAUUAUUAUUAUUAUUAGUAGUAGUAGUAGUAGUAGUAGUAGUAGUAGUAGUAGUAGUAUUAAACAGACAGCGGCAGGGACAAUGAGGAAACGAUGCCAACGUUGACUAAACACAAGGCUUCAUGUUUUUUGAGCAGUGUUGAAUUAAAGAAAAAUAAAACACAUUUGAAAUUGAA